AUGGAAUGCACUUGCUUGUCGCGAAAGGAAGUUAAACCUUUUGUUUCCCAGAAGAAAGAGCGAAUGGACUAUUAUGACAACAAAGAACAACAGAGGGAGGGGGUGGGAAGGAGGAAAGGGGAUGGAUGGAUGAAUUGGGAGUCUUGGGAAUUUAGCAGCUGGCGCGAUGCAAUAUUGUCUUGCUUGACGCCUAGUGCCUACGGGAAGAGAUGGAAGGCUGAAGGAAGACUGGAUGAAGAAGAGUUAAGAUCUUGCCGGCCGAGACUCAAACAGUUUUGGUUAGAAACUGUAGAGCACUUGCUUGAUCUACAAGCUAUGUCCUCUAUUCACCUAUGCUCUGCAGUGGCUCAGCCCGCAGUGGUCGUCAUGUCAGUCAAAAUGGAGGAACUAGAGGUUUUCUGCAAACAACUACCAAAGAUUGAACUUCAUGCCCAUUUAUCGGGAAGUAUAACUCGCGAGUGCCUCCAUGAGAUAUACAAAAAACGCAAGGAAGCAGAGCCCAGUAUCGGGCUGGAAGACCCCAUGAUCGUAAUUCCACCGGGAAAAGUUGACUAUGACCUCGAGACAUUUUUCCCUCUUUUUUCAAAAUAUAUCUACCAGCUUUGUAACGACGUUCAAAGUGUCCGAUAUUCCACCAAGAGAGUUCUCCAGGACUUUGAAGCCGAUGGUGUUGCAUACUUAGAACUUCGUACCACUCCACGAGAGUUCAAAGAGACCGGGAUGUCGAAGGAGCAAUAUGUUGAGACUGUCCUUGAGAGCAUCGAGCAAUACGAAAAAGACGCAUCAACUUCCAUGAAAACCCUUCUUUUGCUUUCUGUUGAUCGCCGCGAUUCUUUUCAAAAGGCUUUAGGAUGUAUUGAUUUAGCCAUUCGCUACAAGCAUCGGGGUGUUGUGGGAGUUGAUCUUUGUGGCGAUCCUUUGAGAUUGCAGAAAGGUGAUGUCACGAUAUUUCGUGAAGUCUUUGCAAAAGCACGAGAAAACGGGCUAGGAGUAACGCUUCACUUUGCAGAAGCUGCAAAGACAUCAAGUGACGAAGAAUUGCUUGUCCUUCUUUCCUUUAAACCGGGCAGAAUUGGUCAUGUCAUUCAUGUUUCAGAUGCCAUUCGCACAGAGAUAUCCAAAAGGAAAUUGGCAUUGGAGCUUUGCAUUUCAUGCAACGUACACGCCAAAAUGAUAACGGGAUCCUUCCAAGAUCAUCAUUUCCGUGAUUGGUGGGUGGAAAAGCAGUGCCCCCUAAUUCUAUGCACGGAUGACGUGGGGGUUUUUUGUUCAACCAUUUCGAACGAGUAUGUAAUUGUGGCACAACACUUCGGGCUGACCCGCCUGCAACUCUGGGAGUUAAGUUUCCAGACAAUUGAUCCCAUAUUUGGCGGGGAAGAGGAGAAGAUGCGGUUGAGAAACUUGAUGGUUUCUUGGCGCGAGGGCAAUAAAUUAUAA